GAAAGAAGAUGAAAUAAUAAUAAAAAUAUCAGGGCAACAAAACCGACUCGGGUCACUCACACAAGACGAGAGUCAAGAGGCAGAGCUUGUACUAUAGCUGGUUCGGCGAUGGAUGCAAAGCCACAGCCGAGUUCUUCCCACCAUUUCCUUCACUGCCUCCUUUGACCCCUCUCCCCUUCCUUCCUUAACAUAACAAACUUACCCAAACAACCAAACCCCGCCAUUUCCACCACCGUUUUUAACAAUGCCCAAAUUCCAUCUCCAAUUCAAAAACUCCCUCCCCGACUACCAACCUUACCUCCCUUUUCCCUCUAACUCUAAUUUGCUCGUCCCCGGUGGUUUAUUCAUCGAUCCUUGUUUCCCCUCUUCCCUUCUUGACUUGGUUUCCCCUUUUAAAGGUUCUCCCCCUUCCAAAAACACGGCUUGCGUUUCUCGGAGGCAAAAGCGUGAGUCGGUCGCCGUUCAGGACUUGUUUUUUCUGUCCGUUAGCUUGAGCAGCGAUGGGCUUGUUUCAGAACACAAGGAAUGUCAGCUACAAAAUGAAUUAAACAAGAAAAACAAGGGGGCUGUAGCUCAAGUCAAACAGAAAGUUAGGGUAACGCGACGUGGCGCAGUCAAUACUACAAAGCAUUUGUGGGCUGGGGCUAUCGCCGCCAUGGUUUCCAGAACAUUUGUUGCUCCGUUAGAGAGAUUAAAGCUGGAAUAUAUAGUUCGUGGUGAACAAAGGAAUAUAUUUGAGCUUGUUAAGAAGAUUGCUUUGACGCAAGGAUUACUUGGAUUUUGGAAAGGGAACUUAAUUAAUGUUCUUCGCACGGCUCCAUUCAAAGCUGUGAAUUUUUAUGCUUACGAUACGUAUAGGAAACAGUUGCUUAGACUGUCUGGAAAUGAGGAGACCACAAAUUCUGAGAGGUUCAUUGCUGGUGCUGCUGCCGGCAUUACCGCUACCGUUCUCUGCUUACCUCUUGAUACUAUCCGAACUAAGCUGGUGGCUCCUGGUGGAGAAGCCUUAGGUGGUGUAAUUGGUGCUUUUCGCCACAUGAUCCAAACUGAAGGAUUCUUUUCUCUCUACAGAGGUCUAGUGCCCUCUAUUGUAAGCAUGGCACCUUCAGCUGCAGUAUUCUACAGUGUGUAUGAUAUGCUGAAAUCAGCUUAUCUGCACUCCCCGGAAGGUCGGAAAAGAAUUCAGAACAUGAGACAGAUGGGGCAGGAUCUGAAUGCUUUGGAUCAGCUAGAGUUAGGACCAGUGAGGACAUUACUAUAUGGGGCUAUUGCUGGUGCUUGUGCCGAAGUUGCUACUUACCCAUUUGAGGUUGUGAGAAGACAGUUGCAAUUGCAAGUCCAGGCAAGCAAAAUGGGCGCACUGGCAACUGGUCUGAAGAUUGUUGAGCAAGGAGGAAUUCCUGCUCUCUAUGCUGGGCUAAUUCCCAGCUUGCUACAAGUCCUUCCUUCUGCUUCAAUCAGUUAUUUUGUUUACGAGUUUAUGAAGAUUGUUCUCAAAGUGAAUUAAAGAGAGACAAUGGAUCCACUCAGGAAAAGGAUUGGUAGGAUGUUGUAGAUUGACUAUAAAAUGAUCAGAGCACAAAGGUUCAUAGUGGUAAGUAUUAGUCAUUUAAAUUUAACAGUUGUCAAUUUAUCAUUGAUGUUCUUCACAUAUUUUUGUACUUGACAAGAGAGAAAACCUUUAUUGACAUCUUAAAUCCUUUUCUUGAUUGAUAGACCGACCAUCCAAUUUGAUUGAA